AUGAAGCCCUCGCGCCAAGACAUCAAUGUAAGGACAGUCUACAUCAUCAUUUGUGUUCUAUGGCUACUGGCAUUUAUAUUGUCCACGCCUGUGGGAGUGUUCGCAACCCUCCCCACAGCUGACGGUCGCCCAGUGUGUUCCGAAGUCACACUGAAUUAUAGUAUGCGCAUUACAAAACUUGUCUACUCUAUCUUGGGCAUGGUUCUUCUUUAUGGUACACCCGUUACUCUUGUGAGCAUUGCAUACGCUCACAUAUGUAUUCUUGUUCACAAAAGAAUAAAUAAAAGACCGUACCAAUCCCAGGCGGACGCACUGAGCAGUAAAGUAACUCAACCACGGAGGGAGAACACAGAAUUUUCGGCUAUGCAAGAGAGUUCGCCGAAUAGACCAACGGCAACUGGGAUAGUUUCAGACGUUGGCCCACUCUGCAACUACUUCCUGCAAAGAAAGCUGACCGAUGAUCCAGCAAAUGUUAGAUUUGGUGGCAACAAGCCUGGCAGCUCUCAUAGACGGCCAAGCAGACAUCGCCGAACAAGCUUCCUACUGGCUAGUGUAGCCGUCUUUUUUGCCAUAAGCUGGCUCCCUCUCAAUAUCGUAAACCUGUUUCUGGACCUACGGGAAUUGAAUUUCCAAGUGGUGUCAGUUAACCAAAUCACCGACUGGAAGAAAAAUGCGACGUCAUUGUCGGCAGCAGCGUUAGCAAAGGCAAACGCUGUUCUGUUAUCCCAGUCACUCGUCCAGCGUGCUCGAUCAGAUGAUUACUUGAGUCUUUCUGGGGAUACCAUUUUAAUAAUUCAAGCAGUGUGUCUUCUACUGGUCCUGAUAUCGGCGUGCAUAAAUCCAAUGCUUUACGGUUGGUUAAAUGAGAACUUUCGAAGACGGUUCAAGCAACUACUGAGAUGCCCUAACAAAAAGACCAUAAUAAUGCAAAAAGAAUCCCAACUAAGUAAGGCCUGGCCAAUCAAUAAGAAGCGCAGUCCGUACGCGCUUUGGCCAAGAACUUUCAGUCAUAAGCCCCAACGCCGGAACAUAUCAGGCCAAUUUUCUCUUUCAACGUAUCAUCCCACAAGUCAGAAGACAAGCUCACAACUGGAUGUUCUACAAAGAAGCCGUUCCCUUGAUGUUGCCGUCUGCAGGUCCUCGUCGGCCUUUAAAGAUGGAGCACCGGCUUCUUCUGCAGAGAGCCAACUAUCGCGUGGUGUUCUCCUUGAGACUGACAUUGAUGCCAAUUGA